CGCCCCGGCGAGCACCAUGCCUACCUGCCGCCUCGGUCUGCUCGUCGCCGCCCUCCUCCUUGGCCUGCUGCUGGGCCUCCCCCCGGUCACAGGCACAGGAGCAGAGAAAUCAGGCGUGUGCCCCGCGCUAGAGGUGGACCUGAACUGCACGCAGGAGUGCCUCUCGGAUGGGGAAUGCGCGGACAAUCUCAAGUGCUGCCGGGCCGGCUGCGCCACCGUCUGCCACAUGCCCAAUGCCAAGUUCCAUUUCUCCACUGGGAAGACUGAGUCCCCAGUACUUAGUGUGAAAGAACGCCUCCACCAGCCCGCAUUCCUGGACAUGCCCCAGGAGGAUGAAUGGUACCAGGAUUGGCAGAACUCCAGAGAACCCCAUUUUAGGAGGGACUGGCCUGGCUGCUGGCACCAAAACCAGGAACUCCUGCACGGCAGCUUCUGCUUCUGAAUUUUGACUGCCCUGGUGGUUCCACUCCAGUAACCACACAUCACUGGCGACAAGCCAGCCACACUUCCUCUUCUGGGGAACACCAAGUCCCAGAGGCCAUCACUGGGACUAGCUGACACCCACAGAACCAACCCUUGAGGGGACGGGCUCCCCAACCUCAGCUCACUGAGGCUCUCUGGCUUUCUGGUCAACCAGGGAGAAGGGCAAAGCUUGUCCGGGGGUUCCAGAACCCCUUAGCAGAAGGGCACGUUCAAUUCCAGGGUCUUCUGUUUUCCAGGGGGAGUUUGGAGAUCAAGAGGAUCCUAGUUCUCUUCUCUCUUUCCAAUCUUACUCUUUUCCUGACCUAUCUAUUUUUCUGUCUGCUUAUUUUUCUCGCACUGUUUUUGUUUUUGUUUUUGUUUCUUCUCUCAGUGCCUUUCUUUUACUCUGCCUGUCUUUCUCUCUUUUUCUUUGCGUCUCCCUCUGUCUGGGUCUCUUUCUCCCUGCCCUUCAUCUCCCUUCUGUCUUUCUCUUCCUUCUUUUUGGGCCACCCCUUUUCUUUAAUCACGGUCAGAGAGUAAAGGUAUUGCCAUGAGUGGGGGAGGAGACAGGUUGAUUCGAGGUUGAACCAAAUCCUCAGAGAGUACCUGUCAAGAUCGUGGUGCUUUGAAAGCAGGAGAGAAUGUUACAGCUGAUGGAGAGCUUCUAUCAUCGGGUGAAAUUUGGAAUAGGUCAUGCAGGAGGGAAAAAAUAAAUGUCAGUUAUGACCUCAGAGCUAGCUGCAGCAGUGGGGCCUGAAGAUUGUUCUUGAUAGACGCUUAAAUUGAAAGUUCUUAAAUUGAACUUUCCAAUUUAAGGCUUUCAGCAACAGUAGGACAUACUCUUUGCUCAUCUCUGAUUUUACCUGCAGCUGUAGGAGACAGUUCUAGUGCACUAUUUUCUUUUCCUAAUCCACUUUUUAAAAUUGAGGAGGAAUUCACAUCAAAUAAAAUUAACCACUUUAGAGGAACAGUUCAGUGGCUUUUUAGUACCUUCAUAAUAUUGUGCAACUUCCAACUUUAUUAAUUGCAAAAUGUU